AUGGAGUCCCUUACCAAAGCUUCCAUGAAAGUUUGUCCUUUCGUGAAAUCGAGAUCCACCCAGGCGCUUCGCCAGAUGAGUGAAGCUCUGACUUUGAGUAAGCACGCUAGAGCAUGCCCUUUUAUGGGUGCUGCCAUCGCUGCCAGAGACUACUCCCACUCUUCGAAGCCUGCUGCUGCUUCUAGUGCUCCCGCUGGAUCCGCCUCGGCUUCUCGUAUCCCAGCAGGUUACUCGUUUUCCGGCAGUGACUUGGUCUCCAACACCAUGGAGAUUGUGGAUAGGUCAUCCAAGGAGAAGGCUUUCGACUAUGAAGGGUUUCUCGGUGGAGAGAUUUCCAAGAAGAGAAACGACAAGUCCUACCGUUACUUUAACAACAUCAACCGUUUGGCUGAGGAGUUUCCUAGGGCCCACUUGGGUAGCGAAGGCGAACGGGUCACCGUGUGGUGUGCCAACGACUAUUUAGGUAUGGGCACCAAUGAAAAGACAAUUCAGGCCAUGAAAACUACUUUGGAUAAGUACGGUGCCGGUGCGGGCGGUACGAGAAACAUUGCAGGCCAUAACCGACAUGCCAUCGCCUUGGAGUCUGAGCUUUCUGCUUUACAUAAGCACGAGGCUGCAUUGGUCUUCAGCUCGUGUUAUGUUGCCAAUGAUGCAGUUCUUUCACUUUUGGGUCAAAAAAUGAAGGAUUUGGUUAUUUUCUCGGAUGAGUUGAACCACGCUUCGAUGAUCCAAGGUAUACGUAACUCGAGAGCCAGAAAAGAAGUUUUCAAGCAUAACAGCUUGCAAGACUUGGAAGAACGUUUGGCAAAGUAUCCAAAGAAUACCCCUAAGUUAAUUGCGUUUGAAUCCGUCUACUCCAUGUGCGGUUCGAUCGCUCCAAUUGAAGAAAUCUGUGAUUUGGCCGAAAAAUACGGCGCCUUGACUUUCUUGGAUGAAGUUCAUGCCGUUGGUAUGUACGGUCCUCACGGUGCUGGUGUUGCAGAACACUUGAACUUUGAAGAACACUUGAAAGCCGGUUUGAACAAAAUCCGUCCUGAUUCUGUCAUGAACAGAAUCGACAUGGUCACCGGUACCUUAGGUAAAGCCUACGGUGUUGUGGGUGGUUACGUUACUGGUAAGCAAAGUAUGAUUGACUGGGUGCGUUCGUUCGCUCCUGGUUUCAUUUUCACCACCUCGUUGCCUCCUGCUGUUAUGGCUGGUGCAUCUGCUUCCAUCAGACACCAGAGAUCUACUUUGCUGGACAGAAUUGCCCAGCAGAAGAACACAAGAUACGUUAAGAAUAACUUUGGCAACAUUGGUAUCCCUGUGAUUCCAAAUCCUUCCCAUAUCGUUCCUAUUUUGGUCGGUAAUGCGGCGGAUGCAAAGAAAGCCUCGGACUUGUUGUUGAACAAACACAACAUUUACGUGCAAGCUAUCAAUUUUCCUACUGUGCCUAUCGGAGAGGAGAGAUUGAGAAUCACCCCAACUCCUGGCCACGGUAAGGAGAUUGCUGAUGAUUUGGUUGGUGCCGUUGACUCUGUGUUCAACGAAUUGAACUUGAAGAGAGUCUCCAAUUGGGAACGCGAGGGCGGUCUCUGCGGUGUCGGUCAACACGAUAAACCCGUCUUGGAACAUAUCUGGACCGAUGAGCAGUUGGCUUUGCGUGAUGAUGACUUGAACCCUAAUGUCAUCAACCCUGAGAUCACUCCGAACGCUGUGAGCUCUGGUAGCCAGGAAUCACCUAAACAAAUGGUCAACGAUAACCUGCCAGCCCAUUUCUACCUUAAUCGGUUGGUGAACUCGUUGGUUCCCUCGGAGUUCGGCGCCCAGUACAACAAGAGUUUGUCAAACACCCUAAUAGCAUACAUAUCUGGGGAGAUCAAGGACUCAUCCCUGGUACUCGACGAGCUACGAGCACAUUUCAUGAGACAUGGAACAGAGGAUGGUUGGAACACUUUCCAAAGUAUAGUCAGUUCCCUACCGCAACAACAAAGCCCUGAACAAGUUGCUUCGUAUCUACAGUUCCUUCUAAAUCUAGUCCCUGAUCCAAAGAGCUCAGGUCCACCAAAGUUUUCCCAUGCUGCAUCGAGCCCAGUUGCUCUGUCCUCUCCUUUCAAUCAAUCCCAUGGCCAAUUCCUUAGCCUGAAUGGCCGUCCCAGCAGCCAGCCUUAUGAUGAAAAUCUAGACGAAGAGAGCAUUCUACCGUUCCUUUCCAAUACCCUUGUUGGGCUUGAUACACAACUAUUCACAUUUACUGAUGACGCAGUCCGAAUCCUGUCGUCUCUUGGUCGUGGCCUGUUCCAAUUGCUUAAUGAUCUUUGCGAGCCAGCAUUAAUUUAUAGACGUCUACAUGGUUCUGUCGAAAGGUUGAGAGGUAAGAACGCUUCGCCUAUAAAAGCUGCGUUUAUGCAAGUAUUGGGUUCAAAGCUUAUGGCAUAUGCCAGUGAGGUAACCAGGAUCUUCCAUACACCUCGUUCAUCCUUGCUUUCUGUCUACUUUGAUCUACAAGACCUGAUUGUGGUCCUUCGCAUGUUGUCACACCUUCAUCAGCAAAUGGAAGAGCUUGACGGAUUUCAAUUUCUUGAAGAGACUUAUAAACUCACCAGCUUCGGUGACACGGCCGUGAAGAACCUGGCUAAGGACGUUUAUGAUGAGCUCAAGAAGCCAUACUUUCAAUAUUUGGAGCAUUGGAUACUCAGAGGAGAACUUGUGGAUGUCAGCAACGAGUUCUUCGUGUCUUUUAAUAAGGAUGCUGACCAUAUUAAUGAUAUCAUUCAAUUCAAUCGUGAUAGGGUUCCGUCGUUUAUGGGGAUUAAUGAGGAGGAUUGUAUCAGAAUUCUUCAGAUCGGCAAAACUAUCAUCUUCCUCGACAAAUUCUGCAAGGAACUUGAAUGGCUCAGUGCAUAUAGUAAGCACUAUUCUGCUUAUGUCUAUCACCAGAAUCAAGGGUUGGUGUCAUUGAGUCAGACAUUGUUGAAGAUUUUGCACCAAACUCAAUAUGGGGAACUUAUCAAUUACUUCACCUUGGUGGUGUACCACAAGUAUGAUUACUUUGAACAUCUUAGAAAUCUUAAAAGCAUAAUGUUGAUUGGUUCAAGUGACUUUGUGGAGGCUAUCAAUGAAAGAGGGCUAACUAUGUUCAAUGAACCGGCCACUUCGUUGACAUCUGGGAAAUUGGCCGGAUUGCUUUCGGGCGCAAUUGGGGCUUCGUCCAUUCGAGUAAUGCCCAGCAGAUUUCAGCUGAGAAUUGAUGCACGUAUUUUGGACUUGAGCCACGGAAGUAUAGGAUGGGAUGUGUUCACAUUGGAGUACAAGCUUAUAGAGUCGCCUCUUGAGUUACUUUUGAACAGCAAUAACCAAUCUACUCAUUACCUUCGAUUGUUCAAUUUCUUGUGGAGUCUAAGGCACUUUCAAUUCCUUCUUAACAAGAACUACGUGGACUAUAUCCGGUUGCAAAAAGAUUAUCUCCUGAAGCUAAGCGCCAAAAGUGGGCAACUGACAAAAAGAGUCCUUUCUAAUGUCCGUCAGAAUUGGUUUUCCAAGUGUCUCAGGACGAUCAACUUAAUACGCUUUCGUCUUUCUGGAUUAUUAACUACACUCCUCAAAUUUUUAUCGUACGAUUUGAUCGAGAGUAAUUUCCAGCAGAAUAUCAUAAAACUGGUUUUUAAAAGCAACUUGUCGGUGGAUCCAAUGUUCACAAGCGAAACUACGCGUAAGGACAGGAAGCUUCCUAUACUUGACAAAACAUUUGCUGCAGCGUUUGCAUACCAAACCAGCCCAGCGUUUUCGGACAUUGAGAGGAUACCAUUGGCAGGGCUGAAUAUUGUGGAGCACACAAUAGACGAGUUAACAGCCAUGCAUCUGAAAUACCUCAAAAGCGUUUAUGAUUGCAAGCUUAUAAACGAAGAGUACAGAGGUAAGGUGAGUCGGGAGCCAUUGAUUGAUCAGAUUUUUGCGUUCAUGGAGAUCUUAUUUGCGUUCCUAAAAAGUAGUGAAGAGUUUGGUUCCUCGGUUGUGAGCUACGUCAACUUGCUCGACUUGAGCAGGUCGGUAGAGUCGGAUGCAGGCGUUGCGUUUGAGGGUGAUUUGGAACAUCUUCACGUGCGUCUUUCAGACCUAAUGAAAGUGAUGUACAAAGACCUUUUCAAGAGCAAUUUUGAGCCAAGACUACAAACUUUUACCAAGGAUCUUCGUGCAGACUUGGACUUGAAAGACUUGAGCAAGAUGUUAUAA